AAGACUAUCGUGUGUUGCACAGUGCAUUGCGUAAAACCAAAAGCAAAUAGAGGCCACUGAUUAACGGCUUAGUGCGACAGUACUCAGACUGAGUAGUAUGUACGUCACGGUUGAAAUUCUCUGCCGAUGUAGGAUAAUAUUUGGCUCUUUUUAGUUCGUUGAUGUAGCGGAAACCAAUGUGACAUUUUUAUAAAAUUAGCUUGUCUUAAAUCUAAUGAACAUAUUCCCAGUUUUUUAUCCUUGGAUAAUGGAACUACAUUACUUUAUCCUUAUUUGUGGUUGCUUUUUUGUGUGUAUAUUAAAUGGUGUUAAAUCUUCAACAGUUCAUGUAAAUUUUAGUUCCAUUGAGCUCAAUGAUAAAAAACUACCGGAUGAUAUAAGUGUGACUAUCGCUAUUGGCGCCAAUACAUCAACUGAGCUACAACUGAGCCGGGUUGAACAUAUCAACAGUACAAUACCUGUCUAUACUAUAGAUUCGGAUCAGGACGGCUUGCACGUGCGAAGAGAAAAUAUAAAGGACGAUGAGAAUGUGGCUUUUUACCAAGACCUUGACAAUGAUGCAAUUAUUCAGUUAGCUCUGACAAUCGGAAGUGAUAAUCACUCACAUAAAUUUAAAAUUCAGAGAGGAGAAUUCCAACAAGAUGACGUCAGAUACUCCAUCAAGCCUAGCACUAGAUCUAAACGGGAAACCAGCCAAUCAGAUGAUAGCUACGAAGUGACGCCAGUCGUGACGCCUAUCAGAGCAACAGAUUUCGGCUUUCUUACCCCAGACAACAUCUCUUUCACGCUUAUGAAAGAAUAUGACCUUGACCUCGGAGAUCUCCAUGGGGACAGACUUGAAAGAAGCAAGCGCCAGUCCAUGUCUACGUAUUACAUUGAUGUGUCGGCAUUUGUAGAUUUCAACAGAUACUCUAUUUCUCGUAGUUUGAAAAGUGAUGAAGAAAUUCUAAAAGCUAUUCAACAAUACUACGCCUUCAUUUUUACAGGGAUUGACCUGAUAUAUCAGAACUUUCCCGCUGAAAACCUCCGACUAAGAGUUCGCUUGUCAAAAGUUGUCGUCUUUAAGAAUGCGAGUAUUCUUCCGUUGACUACAAAAAGUCAAUUGGUCCUGCCUUCAUUGGAUGCUAAAGAAACAAUGGAUGCAGAUAACGCUCUGAGGGUUUUCUCAAAUUUUCUGUCCACUACUACUGGCAGAGAUCUAAGUUUUCCUUAUGACCAUGCAAUGUUAUUCGUCGGUGUUGAUUUGGUGUUGAUGCUAGGUGGCAUAGUAAGAACAGCGACAGACAUUACAGGGUAUGCUUACAUCGCAACACUUUGUAAAACUGAUGGAACAAGCGUCUCCAUUGUGGAGGAUUUGGCUGACUUUACUUGUAUAGUGACUGCUGCACACGAAUUAGGACACAGUUUGUCAGCGAAGCAUGACGGAGAAGGGAACUCAUGCCCUUGGACUGACCGAUACCUGAUGGCACCUACCUCCAGCUGGAGUACAGAAGCUACCAGCCAGAACCCGUGGAGGUUCUCAAACUGCACUGUUGACUAUAUCGUAACAUUCGUGACAAAGCUAGCUGACACAGUAGAUGGUCAGACUUGUUUAUCAGAUACACUCCCUGUCCACGGAGAUUUUCCAGAUGUUAGUCAGGAACUUCUUGGCCAGAUUUAUCCCGUCGCUGAGCAAUGUAGAUUACGUUAUGGUGGCGGCUCCUUUAAUUGCCUGGAGCUGUAUGUCAAAACAUCCGAUAUCUGCACCAAACUAUUCUGCUACAAGCCAGAGUAUACCGACAAAAGAUUUUGCUACGCACAGCCGGCUCUGACUGGAACAACUUGUGGGUGCGGCAAGAUCUGUUGGCAAGGAGCAUGUAUAAAUGAUACAAUAUCUAAGGUGAAAGAUUGUUUAGUUGAUGAUCUUUUGUCCAACUGCACAUACCAAUCCUGUGAAGAUGCAGAGCUCAGGAGAUACUGCCCAUAUACCUGCAAAGAUUAUGUUGUAACGACUACCACAACAACUACAACCACUGAUGAGUACGGUAUAUAUGACUAUGCACCGGACUGUAAUAUCAGUGACUGUCUUAUUCCUGAAAGAAAGAAAAACUGCUACAAAACUUGCGCUUCCAAAGAUCCCACGUGUCAGAACCAAGCAACCUUCAGCUACAUGAGGUACACGUGUCAAAGUGUGAUGCUUGCUUCAGAAAACAUUUGCUACUUUCCCGAAGUUCAGAGAGCUUGUUGCAUGUCCUGCUCCUUGAAGGCUACAAACAUUACAGGUUGUGAGUACGGCGAUAAAGACAGAAAUCUGUGUUCGUCCAUCGCAUCCUGCAAGGGCAAUACUCAGAGCUGCUGUCAAAUCUGCGGAGUUGGCAGCCUGGUGCCGAAAGGACUAUACAUAUUGUUGUUAUUGAAUAUUCUUACAAUUUUCACAUGCCAUGUUAUUUCUUGAUAUAUAAUGAAAUAUAAUGACAUUUCUUUGUACAUUUCUAUUGUUAGUUUAUACACUCUUAAUGGUUGUGUGGAAGAAAAAAUUAGAAGUCUGCGCAUUUCUAAAACUGGCAGCAAAGUUGAUAGAGCGUUGCGUUUGUAACGCAAAUCUGGUUGGUUCGAUCCCUAAUCUAGCCAACCCAAUUCUAUCCUAUUCAAUCCGAUUGAAACCAAUCUGAUUAAAUCUAAACCAAUACAAUUUUUAAUAUUUUUUUAAACUUAAAGUAGGAAUUGAUUUUUAAAAAUGUUCUAUUUUGUUUUUGUUUUGACAGUUUUAAUUAUCAUUUCAUUGAAGCAAAGAAAGACUUACUCCAUAACUUGCACUCAAUGGGAACGUAUUUUUUAUAGUAUAUGCGAUACUAAUAUAUAUGAUACAUGAAUAGUUCAAGCAGUAUUGUUUAUAUUUAAUGGUUCUUAGAGAGUAUUAAUAUCUCGAAUAUGUCAAUAAUAUUUAUGUAUUAUUUUUUUCUGUUAUUGUUUAUGUCAGUCAUGACACAGAGAUAUCUUGACACCAAUUUGUUCAGAAAUUACAAGGAUAUGAUGUAGCUGUUGCUCAGAGUCUGGGUUCACAUCUAGAUCUAAUCCUAGGACUUCAAGUGUCUUCAGUUUUAUUGUUGACUAUCGCAUAUCAUUAUACAGUUUUUUAUAUUUGUAAAUAAAUUAUUGAAAAAGUGGACUC